UGUCCACAUGAGUGAGGUGCGAGGUGUGUGUGUGUGUGCGCGCGUCUGGCCCCACCACGUCUGCCCCGCGCCCCGACAUGGCCGCCGCUGAGGGGCAGGAGGAGCUGAGGGGCGUUGAGGGCGUGGUGGACGACGCCUUCGCCUUCAUCUACGACCACGACGACGCGGCGGGAGAGGCGGCGUGCAUGGAGGCUGACGCAUGGCAAGGCCCCCCCCAGGCCCCCGCCCCGCCCCCCGUCCUCACAAAGGUCGACACCCAGGGGACCGACGCUCCGCCGCCGCCACCACCACCACCGCCAGCAGCAGCAGCAGCAGCAGCAGCAGCAGCAGGAGGCGUGUGGAUCACCUGUGUGGAGGAGGCUCCGGCCCACCACUCAGCCCCGCCCCAGCAGGCGUGCGAGGGCGGCGCCACAAGGGUGUACCUACAGGGCGAGGCUGAUGUGCCCGCCUGGGGCGCCGCGGACUCCCCCGUCACUAUAAGGGUGUCCCCGGGGCAGCCCCGCGCCCCGCCGCCCCCAAACGCCCCCUGGGAGGACGCCAGCACGUGGCUGCAGCCCUGCAGUGGAGGGCACACCGGGCAUGGCGUGGGGUCGGCGCCCCCAUCACCCCUGCUGAGUCGCGUGGAGGGACACUUCUUGGAGGAGCUGUUCGCGGGGCUCAUCAGCAGCGUGGCGCCCCUCGCCGCCCCGCACCCCGGCCCCGACCCGCCUCAGGACACCACCACCAGCGUGGCUCCCCUCGCCGCCCCGGACCCCGACCCCGAACCGCCCCACCAUACCACCACCAGCGUGGUGCCCCCUGCCGCCCCGACCCAGGGACCACCUGCACACCACGCCCCGCCCCACAUCAGCGGCAGCAGUGGCGGCAGCAGGGCGGCACCGCUGUCCCUGGGGGAAGUAGUGGUGCUGCCCGCCGAGUUCGUCCCGCCGAACACCGCCCCGGCCCCCGCCCCGCACCAGCCUGACUCCCCCCCCCCAACACCCCGCCACUCCCCAGCAGCAACAGCAGCAGCAGCAGCAGGCGGCCACAGAGGUGCAGCCACAGGCAGACCAGCCUACAGACAUGCAGCAGCAGCAGCAGCAGCAGCAGCAGGAGGAGGAGGAGGAUGAGGAGCAAGAAAAGCAACAGCUGCACAGUGAGCCCCUGCCGCCUCCCCAGCCUCCCCCAGAGGCACAACGGGACCGCGCCACCACCCCCGCCCCGACCACCCACCCCGACCAGCAGCAGCAGCAGCAGCAGCAGGAGGCGGCACCCCAGGAAGGGCGCGUGCCUACCCCAGCCCCGGCAGUCACACCGCCCCAGCUCAACACUUCCCAGCACACACCAGGCCCCGCCAGUGACGCCCCGGACACCCCACGCUGCUCAUCGGACACCCCAGUGCCUUCUCAGCCUACCCUGAGGGCGCCCAGCCCCCCGCCAUCCCCCACAGACACCCAGGACCAGCCUCAGCACGCCCCACAAUCCCCACCACCCUCCCCCGCCCCACCAGAGGCGCCCAACACUCCUCACGUGGUGGACAGCGUGCCCCGUGGCCCCGCGGCCUGCCCCACUGGCCCCAGUGCCCCGGACAGCCCCGCCACGCCCCGCCAUGCCACACACACGCCGCCACAGUCUCAGGACACGGAACAUGUCCCCGCCACCCACGCCCUUCACUCCCCAGCCCUCCCCGGGAACGCCCUCAGCCUUGACCAGUGCCUGCCGCAGCCCCAGGAGGAGUCUGUGGCCCAGAGCCGUCCCCAAGGGGCGACACACACGCCCACCGCCGCCCACCAAGUGAUACAUGACCAAAGUCUUCCCCAAAGCCACGCCCGGACCACCGCGCCGCCCCACGAGGCAGAAGCCCUCCCCACAACGCCCCUGGACACACAUGCCACUUCACAGGCACCCACGGGGGAGACCUGCCCUCCCCACCAGUCCCAGCAGGACCAGCAAGCCUUCCUCAGCAGUCCCCAGUGUGACAUGAACCCGCCUAGCCUCCCCAGAGGUUACCAAGGCACCCCAGGCGAGUCCCAACCCAGGGGAAGUCCCAGCCUGCCUCCUAGACCCACCGGUGACCAAUCCCCAAGUCACACAGCAAAUCCCUAGCAAUGCCCACUCCCCAAGACCCCCAUGGCCUCCCCAGCCCCUAGAACACAUCCCCAGGUGUUCCCAGUACCCGGUGGCCAUCCCCAGCAUCUCACAGACCCUGGAUUUCCCCGUGAUUUCCCAGGGGCUUGUCCACUCUCCAAAUGACCUUCCUGAUGUGAUCCUUGCCACGCAGAGAUCACACACCACGCCCCGCCCCGCCACUGUGGCCACACCCAGGGGCCCACACACACACCACCCACAGGAACAUACUCCAAAGGCCACGGCGGGACAUGAGUUUGAGGAGGAGGAGGAGGAGGAGGAAGAGGAGGAGGAGGAGAGAAGAGGCCUUGCUGCUACUGUUUCUCGUGUUGUUAGAAGGAGCAUGAGGAAGAUGAGGAGGUUGAGACUAUCAGGAAGAAGGAAGACUGAAAGAGUGGCUGAAGGAGGGGCUGAAGGAGGGGGUGUAGGAGGGGCUGAAGGGGUAAGCGAGGAGACCCAAGGAAGAAGGACCCUCCCAGCAGCCCCUCCUGUGGGACUACCAACUGUGAGGUCCCCAGCUGCUGCUUCAAUUAUCGUCACCUCUCUAAUGGCCUCCCUCUCCCCCCCACCCCUCCACCACCCCAGGGAGACACUGCCGCCUCCUCCACCCACGCCCUCACCCACGCCCACACCAACGUCUUCUGCGCCUUCGUCAGCACGCCCUCAGAACCACCGGGAUUUGAGCAUCGAGGAAGGAAGAAGAGGAGGAGGAGGAAGAGAAGGAAGAGGAAGAGGAAGAGGAGAAGAAGACAACCAUGAAGACAGAAGAGCAGAAAGAAGAAGAGGAGGAGGAGGAGGAGGAGGAGGAGGAGAAGAUUUUUACCUCCCUAUUAACUCACCUCUCCCUCCUCCAUCUUCCUCCUCCUCCUCUCUCUCCUCCCUCCCUCCUCCUCUCCCCUCCUCCCCUCCCCUCAGCCUGGAGGUGGAGGUAGGGGGGUACAGUGACCAUGGAGGGGGGGCGGUUGGGAGAUGGGGGGCGCCUUCCCUUAUCCCCCGCCCCAGCUUCUCCCCCCCCACCACGAGAGAGGGGAGAGAGAGGGAGAGGGGGAGGGAGAGAGGGAGAGGGGAGAAUGAUAGUAAUAAUAAUAAUAAUAAUAAUAAUAAUAGUAAUAAUUUUGAUCAAGGGAGAGAUGAGAUUGAUGGA